GUACCGCCACAUAGCUUGUCGUACCUUAUAGUGGAGUAGUAGUCCCUGGUACUGCGUAUUCCAAACCAGGAGUGGAUCCUUGGCCACCGAUCAGGAUUCACAGUUGCGACACUUAGCCGUGACGCGUUCCUUAAAUCUCGGAUCUCGAAUCUCAAAUGGCCUUCUUCUCUGCACCGUCGUCGCUUUCCCGCUCAGCGCGUCGUUCUCUCGCUCCAUGGAUUCCCGGAGAAGUUUUCCGUUGGAAAUCCCCAUGGCUCAUCGCAGCGGUGCUUCUGCUCCUUAAUUCCGCGUGCCCCACGUUCUCGUACGACUAUCAGCAGCACCAGCAGCAGCAGUACGGGCAGCAUCAGCACUAUGACCAGCAGCAGCAGUAUUACCAGCAGGAGCAGCAGCAGCAGCAGCAGCAGCAGGGUGCGGGUGGGUACAGAGCGGUGCUGCUGGAAGACGUGAAGGCGCUGACGUUGCGAAAGGGUGCGAUGACGACAGCACGCCGUGUGGCUCCUGUCCCGCAGCUUAGCUGCAUCGCUGGAUGCGACUUCCAACCAGACGUGGUGCAGUGUGUGAACGUGGGGUCGGACGGGGUGGCGGUGCAGUGGCGCUGCGAGGCGGAGCUGCCGUCGCACCUCAAGUUCGGCCUCACGCAGGUGUCCUGUGAGGGCUUCGACUACCCGGAUGACCCGCGCAUCCUGCAUGGCAGCUGUGGCCUGCAGUACUCCCUCGUUCCAGUUCCAGGAGCUCAGAAAAAGGAAAAAAGCAAGGGGUGGUUCAAGCAGCAGAAGCAGCACUUUCAUCAUCAUCAGCAGCAGCGGCCAGAGCAAGAGGAGGGAUCGUGGCUGGGCCGUCUGCUCACAUGGGCUAUCAUCACCUACAUAGCCAUACUCGCUCUGCGCUCCUGCUGCUGCGGCACCACGCGCCCAUCUGGUCGGGGACCUGCAGCGGGGCAGGCAGGAAGCUUCUCCCCUCCUCCGCCGUCUCCCCCCCCUCCUCCCCCACCUGGAUCCGAUGAUCCCUGGGGAGGGCCCAAAGGCUCCACAGGCUUUGCUGCAACCGCCCCUCCUCCCCCUCAGCCAGUCCCCACAUGGGCAUCAGCAGCCACGGGCUUUGGCCUUGGGUACCUGUUCGGUCGUAGGAGAACAGCAGCCCCUCCUUAUCAGCAGCAGCACCGGCAGGGCUAUUAUGAUGCUCCCAGGGCUCCCAACCCCUGGCCCAGGACUGACAGCGGUGGCAGCAGCGGGAGCGGGAGCAGGGGGGAAGACACUCACACUGCCACUGCAUACGCGUCGACUAGCAGGAGAUGAAGGGGGGUUUAGGGUGAUGUACGGGGUGCGGUCCUGUGGUGGAUGAUUGCUGUUUUGGUGGUUAAUUAGGUUAAUUAGCAUGGAAAUACACGGAGAGUGCCCUUCUCCAAGCACACCAAGAGCAUGUUCCUAGGACCACUUACCAAACGGGCCUCGUUUCAUUCUCCUGAUGCACCGCACUGAACUGCGUUCAAUUAGCUUGUGUCAAACCGAAAAGCUACACUUCUGCAUGUUGUGAUAUAAUUCAUUCCGUUGUCUUACUAGUCUACCAUUC